UAUCUGGAUCAAUGCAUAUCAAUAUACCUGUAACUGAAGACCUCCAGGACAGCCUGGGCGUGCGCUUUGUGCUUUACUCCGUGUAUCUGGAAGGAUUCCUUAUUUUCAAGGCCCGAUACAAAGACCUACAUUUGUGGAAUGAGCAGCUUCAUCACUUAUUUGGAAAUCAGUUGCCAAACUUCCCACCUAAAUAUUUCCUGGCAAUGACCAAGGCUAUGGCAGAAGAAAGAAGAUUACAGCUGGAGCGGUACCUGCAGAAACUUGUUUCAGAUCCGGUAGUUUCUGGCAGUGAGAAAUUCAUGGAAUUUUUUAAGAAAUCACAGCUGGACACCUUUAAGAUGUCAUCAGUAAAAAUUAUUCUGAAUGUUUAUUUACCAGAUGGUCAGCAUGUUAAAGUGGAUGCUUACACAUCAGACACUGCUGAAAGAGUACUUGAGGCCGCAUUGUACAAAUUGCGUUUGUCCAGAGAGCUAAAGGAAUAUUUCAGCUUGUUUAUAACACGCCGGGAAAGGGAUACGAACAUCACCGUGGUAAAACAGAUCACAGGCUUUGAACUCCCAUUUAUCACUAUUUGGAAUAUGCCAGAUGAUACAUUUCAGAUUGACAUCAGAAAGUGGUAUUUGAAUCCCUUUACAGAUUCAAUGUUAUUGGGAUGUACAGCAGCUAUCAGUUUGCUUUAUAUGCAGGCUGUUCAAGAAUUUCAAAUGAACUGGUCUAGACCGACAGAAGAACAGCGGAAGAAACUCCAACAUCUGAUAGAAACUGGAAAUCAGCUCAAGUUUCUGGAGCUGAUGCAAAAAGUUGAACACUACGGAUACCUUCAACUUCAUUCUUGCACCAGUGACUACCCUGAACCAGGGACUUCUGUAACGGUCUCUGUGGGGAAUUUUGAACUCUGCUGCUGUUUCCAGCCUCCCAAAGGCCAGGCGGAACUAAUUCAGCUCCAUGUGGCUGAUAUGACUUGCUGGCAUGUCCAAAUGCUUCAUUCAGCUAAAGGAGACUCAGCCCGACAGAGUUAUCAUCUGGAGUUCACGCUGGAAUAUAUUCAGGGAGAAACACAGAAAUGUGUGACCAUCCGCACACAGCAGGCAUUCCUGCUCAGUUCUUGUUUAAAGAAGAUGGUGUGUGAGCAGCCGGUGACAUCUAUCAAAGAAGCCUUGGAGAUUCAGGCUGAAAAAACUAGAACGAUCUCAAAUAAAUCAAGUAAAAAAUCAGAAAAGGUCAGAGCACAUAUGAAAAAGGGACACUUUCUCUCAACAAAAGAAGAAAAUGUGAUAUUUGAUGGUUUCACUGACCUUAAUUUGUAGUAUUUCACCUUAAGUAUUGUAUGUUAUGUCCGGAAUGUACAUUGCUAUAGUAUUAUAUGUAAAAUUUGGAUUCUUAUAUAUUGUUUUUCAUCCCUUUCUCACCUAAGCACAUUUAUAUGAUAUAAACAUGUAAUAUAUAGUUAAAGCACAGAUAAUAAAUAUUUUCUGUAAAAACAAAAAUGAUAGGCCCUCAAACCAGGCCGCAUAUUUCAGUAAAACAAUGUGUCUAUUUCUGCAGUGUAGAUCAUAACACUUUUGUAUAAACUGUUUUGUAAUAAAA